CAUCGUUGCGCUCGGUCUGUGUUACGUUCAGCGGCGCGCAUCUGUCAAACGCUACGAUAUCGAUACAAAUCUUGCGUUUUUCAUAAAGUGUGACAUGUCGGGAUAGUUGAUCGAUAUCCCCGAGAGAGCUAUGGCGCGCACCGUGCUGGCGGGAGGCGCGCUGCUCUGCGUGCUCAGCCUCGUGCUGCAAGCGCGCGCGCUCACCUUGCUGCCGCACGACGUGCGCCCCGGCCACGCCGUCAGACACUUCAUAGGCAAUCAUUCAAGAUACACACUUUUAGAUCCAGAGUUUGCACCGUACUUCACUCUCCUUGAUGACGGCCUACUCAUGACCACCGCAGAUUUAACGCCACUACUCGAUCAACCCGUAAAUCUGGCCAUUCUUGAGCAAACUCCUUACAGUAGUUCCGCUCAUGCCAUUCAUCUUCUAGUAAUGGAUCGCCGGCGAAUGUUACAUUUCACCGCGACUAACGGGUUAAUAGGAGAAAUUUCAGAAAACGCGCCACCGGGUACUGUUGUUGAUCUACAACCUAUAAGAGCUAUGGCCCUAAUGGAUGUAGGUCCAAUAGCUUAUAAAAUCAUUAAAGGAAACGAAGAUUCAAUAUUUUCUUUAAGGCAGAAAGGAAAAACCGAAACGAAUCCGGAGGUAAAGUCUGUUGUAACGGAUGGCGACGUGGAAAUGAUCGCUACUAAACCUUUAGAUGCUGAAGAAAAGAAUUUGUAUGAAAUUGUCAUUCAAGCUACAGACAUUCACGGAGCGAAUAAAGCCAAUCUCGCUGUUCGAAUAGACGUGGCUAACGAAAAUGAUCAUGAGCCGCGUUUUGACCAAGACAUCUAUUAUUUUGCUGUAAAUGGAACUGCUGACGAGAAUGGUCCAAAUGGCACAGCACGCUGGCAGAGAUUCUCAAACAUUGGACAAGUCCAGGCAUACGAUGCUGAUGGAGAUCGAGUGUACUAUUCUUUGCAAACACCUAGUAACUUGGCUGUCAUAGUACCUCAGACAGGAGAGUUAAUAUUGGCAGGCGAGCCUGAUGGCCAUGAAGCUGAGUUAAAAGUGAUUGCACAUGAUACUGGCUUUCCACAACGAAAGAGUCGACCUGCACGAGUCUUCUUGGAGUUCAUUGUUAGAGAUCAAAGAGAUUUACCAGUUCUUCAUCGUGAGAAACGUCGCGUUACAAGGGCUGUUAGGCCGACGAAAAGGAUUGAAUUUACGGAAGCCGAUGGUGAAGUAGAAGGUCGUGCUGUUUUCACGUUAGAAAAAGAGACUGAUCGCGAGACAUUUAAAAUUCGGGACGAAAAUCCGUGGGUUACCGUUGAACCAAGUGGUGUAGUGAAAGUUAAAAAGAAGUGGGACUAUGAGGAAUUGGGACCAGAGAAGACCAUUGACUUCUGGGUGACCAUCACCAACGCCGGAAAUGGAGUUGCGCUCAAAUAUACUGACAACCAGCGAGUGAUAAUCCAUGUGAAAGACGUGAAUGAUGAGCCUCCUUACUUCAUCAACCGGCCUCUGCCGAUGCAGACAGUGGUGCAGCUUAAUGCUGCUCCCAACACCCCAGUCUUCACUCUCCAAGCCAGGGAUCCUGAUACAGACCACAAUAUCCAUUACUUCAUCGUCAGAGAUAGAACCGGUGGACGGUUUGAGGUUGAUGAGCGAUCAGGCGUGGUACGCACCAGAGGAACCGAUCCGUUCCAACUCGAUAUGGAAUAUGUUUUAUACGUGAAGGCUGAGGACCAGAACGGACGUGUGGACGAGAGGAGGUUCCAAUCCACGCCCGAGGAGCGACUAAGUAUUGUAGGUGGCAAGCGCGCCCCUCAGUUUUACCUGCCAAGCUAUGAAGCCGAAAUCGCUGAGAACCAGAAGAAAGACUCAGACAUAAUAUCAGUGAAGGCCAAGUCGUUUGCUGACCGGGAGAUUCGCUACACCCUGAAAGCACAGGGCCAGGGUGCCGGCACCUUCAACAUUGGCCCAACUUCGGGCAUAGUAAAGCUGGCUAAAGAACUGGACUUUGAAGAUCUGCGACAGCCCCAUGUGUACUCCCUCGUGGUGACGGCAACCGAAGAUUCUGGAGGAUUCUCUACUUCUGUUGAGCUAACAAUUCGUGUGACCGACGUCAACGACAAUGCGCCUAAGUUCGAGCUGCCCGACUACCAAGCACAUAACGUGGACGAAGAUAUACCACUAGGCACCAGUAUCCUCAAGGUCAAAGCAAUGGACGCUGACUCGGGAAAGAACGCUGAAAUCGAAUACUUAGUUUCAGAUGACCACUUCAGCGUGGAUUCGAAUGGCAUUAUAACAAACAACAAGCAACUGGACGCUGACAACAACAAUGCGUACUAUGAGUUUGUAGUCACAGCCAAAGACAAGGGAGAACCAGCGAAAACUGGAACAGCUACCGUCAGGGUUUAUACCAAGAACAAGAACGAUGAAGAGCCAAAAUUCUCACAACAGGUGUACACUCCCAACGUCGAUGAGAAUGCUGGGCCCAACACUCUCGUGACGACUGUCGUCGCAUCAGACAAGGAUGGUGACAACGUAAGGUUUGGCUUCGUCGGCGGCGGCACGAGCUCAGGACAAUUCGUAAUCGAAGAAAUCACUGGUGUGAUCCGACUACACAACAAGGCUAUAUCGCUUGACAGAGACAAAUACGAACUCAAUGUGACGGCUAUGGACGACGGAGCCUGCUGCGUCAAUGGAGAUGCUACGAUACACACCUCCACAGCUGUCGUUGUCGUCUUUAUUACAGACGUCAACGAUAAUAAACCUAUAUUCAAAGAUUGUCCGACGUAUUUCCCAAAAGUAGAAGAAGGCGCUCCCAAUGGCAGUCCUGUUAUAAAAGUUCACGCUACUGACGAAGAUAAAGGUGUCAAUGGUCAAGUGAAAUAUUCAAUAGUACAGCAACCGAAUCAGAAAGGCACAAAGUUCACCGUAGACGAAGAAACUGGUGAGGUAUCAACAAACAAGGUAUUCGACAGAGAAGGUGAUGACGGCAAGUUUGUAUCUGUGACGGUAAAAGCAACUGAUCAAGGUGAACCUUCCCUAGAAGGUGUCUGCUCAUUUACCGUUGAGAUCACCGACGUUAACGACAAUCCUCCACUAUUCGACCGACAAAAAUAUGUGGAGAACGUAAAACAAGACGCCAGUAUAGGCACGAAUAUAUUGCGAGUAUCCGCAUCUGAUGAGGAUGCCGAUAAUAACGGCGCCAUCGUUUAUACUUUGAGCGCUCCCUAUAACCCCGCCGAUAUUGAGUAUUUUGAGAUCCAGCCCGAAUCGGGCUGGAUCGUGUUAAAGAAGCCUCUCGACCGGGACAGGUACCGACUGCGCGUGCGCGCCUCCGACAGGGGCGACCCGCCCUCCUCCGCAGACGUGGACGUUGAAUUAGACGUGGUAGACAGGAACAAUAAGCCCCCCAUCUGGGACAUGACCACGUAUGGCCCCGUUCACAUCAAAGAGAAUGUCACAGUGGGUACCGUAGUGACCAGUGUGAAAGCCAGCUCGGGUAUUGAGAACAACCCGACCGUGUUUUACCGACUGAUGCCCGGCUCCACGGCCCAGACUAACAAAUUCCACACAUUCUAUUUACAACAAAGGGCCGACAACGGAUUUACAUGGGCCGAUAUAAAAGUUAAUCAUCCACUCGACUAUGAGAGUAUUAAGGAAUAUAAUCUUACCAUCCGAGUCGAGAACAACGGCGCCCAACAACUGGCUUCAGAAGCGACGGUCUACAUCAUGCUUGAAGACGUGAAUGACGAAAUUCCACUGUUCACCGAACGGGAGCAGGAGACGGUGCUGGAAGGAGAGCCCAUCGGGACCAAGGUCACGCAGGUCAACGCCAUCGAUAAGGACGGCACCUUCCCCAACAAUCAGGUGUACUACUACAUUGUUGAUUCGCCGCGGAACGAGGGGAAGGACUUCUUCGAAAUCAGUAUGCAGACGGGAGAGAUCUUCACGAAAGUAGUGUUCGACAGAGAGAAGCAGGGGGCGUACGCGUUGGAGGUGGAGGCCCGGGACGGAGCACCCUCGGCGCGGCCCAACUCCGACAACCAGCCCAACUCAGUGACUAAAUUCAUCCGGAUCGGCAUCGCUGACAAGAAUGACAACCCGCCGUACUUCGACAAGGAGCUGUACGAGGCGGAGGUCGACGAGAAUGAGGACAUCCAGCACACCGUACUCACCGUCACCGCCAAAGAUCACGAUGAAUCGUCGCGUAUUCGAUACGAGAUCACGAGCGGGAACAUAGGAGGCGCCUUCGCCGUCAAGAACAUGACUGGCGCCAUCUACGUAGCAGGCGCGCUCGACUACGAAACCAGAAAACGGUACGAGCUGAAGCUGGCUGCGUCAGACAAUCUGAAGGAGAACUACACGACCGUGGUGAUCCACGUAAAGGAUGUGAACGACAACCCGCCCGUGUUCGAGCGGCCCACCUAUCGCACGCAGAUCACGGAGGAAGACGACCGCAAUCUGCCCAAGCGAGUGCUUCAGGUCACAGCCACGGAUGGCGACAAAGAUAGACAACAAAACAUUGUUUAUUUCCUCACCGGUCAGGGCAUCGAUCCUGACAAUCCAGCAAAUAGCAAAUUCGACAUCAAUCGUACAACGGGAGAAAUUUUCGUGCUCAAACCUUUGGAUCGAGAUCAGCCAAAUGGACGGCCGCAAUGGAGGUUCACAGUGUUUGCGCAAGAUGAAGGAGGUGAAGGUCUCGUGGGAUACGCAGAUGUUCAAGUCAAUCUUAAAGACAUUAAUGAUAAUGCUCCUAUUUUCCCUCAAGGCGUAUAUUUCGGUAAUGUCACAGAAAAUGGCACAGCUGGUAUGGUCGUUAUGACGAUGACAGCCAUCGACUAUGAUGAUCCCGCCGAAAGUAAUAAUGCAAAACUUUGGUAUUCUAUUGAGAAGAACGUUAUUGAAGAAGAAACUGGUUCUCCUAUAUUUGAAAUCGAACCUGAAACUGGAGUAAUAAAAACUGCAGUAUGCUGUCUCGAUCGUGAGAGGACGCCAGAUUACUCUAUUCAAAUAGUAGCAUCUGAUGGAGGGGGGUUAAAGGGUACCGGUACGGCCUCUAUAAGAGUAAAGGACAUUAACGAUAUGCCACCUCAAUUCACGAAAGAUGAAUGGUUUACGGAGGUAGAUGAAACUGAUGGAACUAAUUUACCUGAAAUGCCCAUCUUGACAGUCACUGUUCAUGAUGAGGAUGAAACGAACAAAUUUCAAUAUAAAGUUAUUGAAAAUAGUGGAUACGGUGCUGAUAAGUUUACUAUGGUUAGAAAUAAUGACGGCACAGGUUCGUUAAAAAUUGUACAGCCUUUAGAUUAUGAAGACCAAUUACAAAGUAAUGGCUUCAGAUUUAGGAUACAAGUUAAUGAUAAAGGAGAAGAUAAUGACAACGAUAAAUAUCAUGUAGCGUAUUCUUGGGUAGUUGUUAAACUAAGAGAUAUAAAUGACAAUAAACCUCAAUUUGAAAGAGCUAAUAUAGAAGUUUCAGUGUAUGAAAACGCUGAAGUUGGUAAAAGCUUAGAAACCUUUAAAGCAACUGAUCCAGAUCAAGGAGGGAAAAGUAAAGUUUCCUACGCUAUUGAUAGAUCAUCUGAUAGAAAGCGCCAAUUUUCGAUUAAUCAAGAAGGGACUGUAAGCAUACAACGCUCAUUAGACAGAGAGGAUACUCCCAGACACCAAGUUAAAAUUUUAGCUAUUGAUGACGGUGUACCACCAAGAACUGCGACAGCUACCUUAACGGUGAUAGUUCAAGAUAUUAAUGACAAUGCUCCAACAUUCCUCAAGGAUUAUAGACCGGUUUUGACAGAACACAUAACACCGAAAAAAGUAGCUGAAAUCUUAGCUACGGAUGAUGACGAUCGAUCAAAAAGUAAUGGACCUCCAUUCCAGUUUAGACUUGACCCUGGUGCGGAUGACAUUAUUCGCGCUUCCUUCAAAGUUGAACAAGAUCAGAAAGGAGCCAACGGUGAUGGUAUGGCUAUUGUAUCUUCUUUAAGAUCCUUCGACAGAGAACAACAGAAAGAAUAUCUCAUUCCUAUUAUUAUCAAAGAUCAUGGAAAUCCUGCCAUGACUGGUACUAGCACCUUAACUGUUGUUAUUGGUGAUGUGAAUGAUAAUAAGAUGCAACCCGGUUCCAAAGAAAUACUUGUGUACAGUUACCAAGGCCAAGCACCUGAUACAGAAAUUGGACGAGUAUAUGUUUAUGAUCUUGAUGAUUGGGAUCUGCCAGAUAAGAAAUUCUUCUGGGAAAGUUCAGAACAUCCAAACUUCACUUUAAAUGAAGAAACCGGAAUGAUACAAAUGAGACACAAGACAAGAGAAGGUAGAUACCAUCUGAAGUUUAAGGUGUAUGAUCGGAAACAUACACAAACAGAUGUACCUGCAAAUGUUACUGUGUAUGUGAAAGAAAUAUCACAUGAAGCGAUAAUAAAUUCUGGAUCAAUCCGAAUAUCAGGUAUAUCAGAUGAGGACUUCAUCAGGGUGUGGAACUAUAAAACACUUAGUGUUUCGAGGAGUAAAUUGGACAUCUUCAAAGAUAAAUUGGCUGACCUAUUAAAUACCGAGCGUGAAAAUAUCGAUAUCUUCAGUGUUCAACUCAGGAAGAAACACCCACCAGUAACUGACAUUCGCUUUUCAGCUCAUGGAGCGCAUUACUAUAAACCUAUUCGAUUAAACGGUAUUGUACUCAUGCACCGAGAAGAAAUAGAAAGGGCUGUUGGAAUAAAUAUCACUAUGGUUGGUAUUGACGAAUGUUUAUAUGAAAAUCAAAUGUGUGAAGGAUCAUGUACGAACGUUUUAGAUAUUAGCAAUUUACCUUACAUGGUUAAUGCUAAUAAAACUGCGCUCGUUGGCGUCCGAGUGGAUGUGAUUGCUGAGUGCACAUGUGGUGCUCGAAACUUUACUCAAGCAGAAACAUGCCGUAACUCUCCAUGUUACAACGGAGGUAGAUGCAUAGAGGGCAAAUAUGGCUUGACAUGCUCUUGUCCUCCUGGCUACACGGGACCAAGAUGUCAGCAAACGUCUAGAAGCUUCAGAGGCACAGGUUGGGCUUGGUACCCUGCUUUAGAAAUGUGUGAUAGUUCUCAUUUAAGCUUUGAAUUCAUAACAAGGAAGUCGGAAGGAGUGUUAUUGUAUAAUGGUCCGAUUGUACCACCUGAACCAGAAGAAAUUAUGGUAUCUGAUUUCAUAUCUGUAGAGUUGGAAAGAGGCAAUCCUAGACUACUAAUAGAUUUUGGUUCUGGCACUCUAGAGCUACGAGUAAAGACAAAGAAAUCAUUAGAUGAUGGUGAAUGGCAUAGAAUUGAUAUUUUCUGGGACACAGAAAACGUCAGGAUGAUUGUUGACUUCUGUAAAUCUGCCGACAUUCAAGAAAUGGAAGAUGGUACGCCACCAGAGUUUGAUGACUCCACUUGCCAAGCCACUGGCACCAUACCGCCUUUCAAUGAGUACCUCAAUGUUAAUGCACCACUCCAGAUUGGUGGUUUGUACAUAGAACACUUUGAUCCGACUCACUAUCACUGGCAAUACAUGCCCAUCGGCAAAGGAUUUGACGGAUGCAUACGGAACUUAAUUCAUAACAGCAAGCUCUACGACUUAGCUCAUCCAGGACUAUCUCGUAAUUCAGUCGCAGGAUGUCCUCAAACAGACGAGAUAUGCAAUCAAGCAGACACUACUUCGAGAUGUUGGGAGCAUGGCACCUGCGUAGGCAGUUUCUCCGAAGCCAGAUGUCAGUGCCAGCCAGGCUGGACCGGCCCUUCAUGUAACUUACCUACUACGCCUACCAGUUUUCGACCUCAAAGCUACGUGAAAUUUGCCCUGAGUUUCGAACCAGAUAGAUUCAGUACGCAAAUCCAACUGCGAUUCAGGACUCGUGAACCACAUGGUGAACUAUUCAGAGUGAGUGAUCAACACAAUCGGGAGUACGGUAUCCUUGAAGUGAAAGAAUCGCGGUUACACUUCCGAUAUAAUCUAAAUUCACUCCGUACCGAGGAACGCGAUGUUUGGCUGAACUCAGUCGCAGUCGAUGACGGCCAGUGGCACAUUGCCCGUGUCAGCCGCUACGGAAGUGCUGCGAUGCUUGAAAUAGAUGGCGGUGAGGGAAGGAGAUACAACGAAACAUUCUACUUCGAAGGCCAUCAGUGGCUCUUAGUAGACAAGCAAGAAGGUGUCUACGCGGGUGGUAAAGCUGAAUAUACAGGGGUCAGAACCUUUGAAGUGUAUGCGGACUUCCAGAAGGGAUGUUUAGAUGACAUUAGGUUAGAAGGCAAGCACCUGCCGCUACCGCCGGCGAUGAAUGGUACGCAGUGGGGGCAGGCUACGAUGGCCAGGAACUUGGACCGCAACUGCCCGUCGAACAGCCCCUGCAUCAACGUGCACUGCACCGAGCCCUUCGUCUGCGUUGAUCUUUGGAAUGAAUAUGAGUGCACGUGCCCCGCGGGGUCGGUGCGCGCGGGCGGCUCGUGCGCCAACGUGGACGAGUGCGCGGCGCACCCGUGCCGGCACGGCGGCACGUGCGUGGACCGCGAGCCGGCGCGCCGCUACGACUGUGUGUGCGCGUUCGGCUACGCCGGCCACGACUGCGAGCUCGAGCUGCUCGCCUCCGGCAUCAUCACGCCCUCCAGAGAUUUCAUUAUAGCUAUCAUUGUUUGUUUGUUCAUGCUUUUAGUCCUGGUGUUAGUGUUCGUGGUGUACAACCGACGCCGGGAGGCGCACAUCAAGUACCCUGGACCUGAUGAUGACGUCCGCGAGAACAUCAUCAACUACGAUGACGAGGGAGGCGGGGAGGACGACAUGACAGCCUUCGACAUCACGCCGCUUCAGAUACCCAUCGGCGGACCCUUACCUGAUCAUGCACCCGCGAAGUUGCCAUAUCCCGUGAUGAGCCUGGGCCUGGGAGUGGGUCCGAUGGGCGUGGGCGUCGGCGUGCCGCCGGGCGUGGGCGUGGGCGUGCCGCUGCCGGGCGAGACCAACGUGGGCAUGUUCAUCGAGGAGCACAAGCGGCGCGCCGACAGCGACCCCAACGCGCCGCCAUUCGACGACCUGCGCAACUACGCGUACGAGGGCGGCGGCAGCACCGCCGGAUCGCUCUCCUCGCUCGCUUCCGGUACCGACGACGAGACGCACGAGUACGACUACCUGGGCGCGUGGGGCCCGCGGUUCAACAAGCUGGCCGACUUGUACGGGCCGGACCUGGACGAGCAGCUGUAGGCGCCGCGCACACCCCGCCGCUAAUUUAGUCAAUUGUCUCCCACAAUCGUACCACUAAGCCUCUGUAACCCUGCUAUCUCGGGGCGACACUCGCUCACUCGCCCACUUUCGUUUUGUACAUAAACAAGCGCGCGAGCUGCCGUCUCGGCCCGGCGGCACCGCGCCGUCACCGCGCCCACUGCGCGCCGGCCGGUGGCACGAGUCGGGACGCGCGGCGCUUGCUCGCGCCACAUGUAACUCUUAUCAAUUUUAUACGACUUUAUUUAUUGUGGUAGAUAUGUUAAGCUUAAGUAAUCGUUUAAGAUACCUAUUUAAUUGCGUAAUUUUUAUAAAGUUUGAACUACAUCUUCACCAAAUAUUUGAUAUAAGUUUUUAUUCGAAUUAGCCAUAUUAUGAGUCAGUAUUUUAUUGGAAGUUACGGAGAUAAAUAUAUUUCUGCGGCAGGGCCGGACGUGAAUCUGAACAGUGGGUGUUUGUAGAUAGUGUGCUAUAAAUGUGAAUAAUUUAUACGAGUAUUUUGUAAGUCCACAGCUUUACGUGAUAUCACAUAAUAUAGCGGCCCUCCCGCAGAAAUCAUUAUAGAAUAAAAGAAUAUGUUAUAUUUUAAUAAUGGUAGAUAACAUAAUACUUGAGGUGGUCCACUCGGGCGUCGUGAAACAUAAUGCUCAUUCGAUAUUAUGUGAAGUUUAAACAAUGGGGUUGUAAAUACAAUAACACUCUAGAAACAACUACCCCCGAUUUUAAUUAAACGUGAAACUAUUAAUUUAACUUUAACGUGUAAGCGAACUGUACAGUAACCGGUGUUCCUCUCCUAAUGUCUCCGUGUAGUGCUAGUUAAAUAGUAUUUGGAAACGACUACGGUCUACUCGUAACGUUAGGUAACUAAUAGUAGUCAUGGUCGCGGGAGUUUUCGUUUGCGUGUGAGCGUGAGAGCGUGUAUUUAUGAGUGUGUGAGAGCUGUAGGGAUGUGUGUGCGUGCGUGCGAGCGACAUUCGUCGAGCGUGGCUGAGCGCGCGCCGUGCCGCUGCCGUGCGGCUCCGUGCGUCCCGUGCGGCUCCGCGCGGCACUUCUGCGGCGCGCGCGGUUAUGAGUGGGACUGUGCCAAUUUCUUAGCAUUAUUGAUGCAGCUAAUGACGGUAGAGUUAAGUGUUUGCACUUUAUUUAUUCGUAUGAUUACAUAUAAAUUUAGUCGCACCUAGGAAAAUAUCAAUAACUUAUUAAGAGUGUUGUGCUAGAAUACUAUUUCCAUCGAUCUUGAUGUGAGAUAGUUGUUGAAACCUGUAGAAGUCAUUAAUUUAUAAAUUAAUUUUUAAGAAUUUAUAGUAAAAUAUAAUAAUAAUAAAAUGGUUUUAGAAACUGUCUCACUUCGACAUCGAGUUAUAAUCAGUGUAAAUUUUAGAAUAAUACUGAAUUAUGUUAAAAUGACUGAUUUUAUUAUGUGUUUGGAGCCUAAGAUUUGUAGACUCGGUUUAAAUAGACUUCUAAUAACUUACCUAAUGUAAGUUCACCCUCUAGUUUGCACUAAAGACAAAUAAUUAAUAUUCAAGUACCUACAUCAAAUAUUAAAGCAAUUCUCGUUAAUUACUAUUCAUGUAAGUAGGAUGUCAUAGUUAUUAUUGUUUCAUUGAUAUCAUUACACUGCCAGUAUCAUACAUAUAGACGAAUUACGAUAGCGAUUUGGGUCCGAUUUUAUAUUUCUGUCUUAUACAACGGUAUAUUGUAAGUUUUUGAACUAUUUUAUAACGCAACGUUUUGUUUGUCCGCUAGUGUUGCGCAAGCACACGCUCGGUUCUGUUGUCCUCAAGCUCUGCGCAGUCUCUCGCGUCUACUCCACUGUGUUCUUGUUCUUCGCAUUGAGCAUUUAUCGACACGACUGUCACUGCAGGCUGUAGUGUCGUCAUGUUACUACUGCUAUCGAUAUCGAUAGACCACUACAGCCUGUGUUUACAGCCCCAAAUCGGAAUUUAGAAGUCGACGUUUUGUUCUGAACGUUGACUACUAGUUCCGAUUCAGUAUGAAUGCUAGUUUUCUCUCGGUGGGUAAUGUAAAGCACGGCAAUCGGCGCCCGCGCACAGACAGCAGAGCACACAAUCCCAGUACAAAAUAUUAAAGCGCGAUUCUCGCUAACGAACACCGAUUUGAUUUUUAUUUUAGACAUUAAUUAUAAUACCUACAUAUAUACUUAUGUUUUGUUUCAACUGUGAUUAAUUAGUUGUACAACUCUGACAAUUAUAAAAGAAUGAAUAAAAUAAUAUGAAAAAUA